AUGGACAAAUUGCUAGCCCAUGAGUGUUCGAAAUGUCAGCCACCCAUCACCGAACGUGACCUAACUCCGUUGUACGCCCAAUACGACGAACAAAGCAAGGAAGCGGUUCUAAUGGUCAAAAACGCCUAUUCCGAACGUGUUGAGCCAUAUCGAUAUGAUUUUGCAACCAAUUCGUUUGUCUUUGAUCGUCGGAACGGUUGGGUUUACGAGGUAACGAAAAAAGCCACUGGGGCGUUGGUGGCAACGUUCACUUCGAAGGAAACCGGAGAAAGUGUGACAAUUUCGAGAAGUGCUUCGGGUGGAAUCGUAAAACACAAAAGCGAUGGAAAAGGAGGAUUCACUUGGAUGCCAGAAGCUCGUGUUAGCACAUGGAUCUCUCAAAACCUCGAAAAAGCUGCUCGCAACACAUCAGCCCAACCAAAUAACCCCCAAAACGCCGAAUCAAACGUUCUCUAUCGCGAAUGGAUGGAUGCCCUAAUCCCACAUUGCAGUUAUCCCGGAAAACCCGAACUGGAACCAUAUUUCUUGCGCCAAACGAAUUCUCGUACGGAUUUUUGUGUUCAUAGAGGCACAUAUUAUGUGGCAUACUACAACACUCUCAGAUUGAAGGAAUCUCGUUUCGUUUAUUGCGGAAAUGGCAAUUUCAAGGAUUUUGAUUGUGCGGAGUGUGCUCAUCAGGUUGAGGAGGAGCAUUUACUCCCGAAAUAUGUCGAAGAAGUGAAUGGGAGAAAACUGAUACAUGUGUUUAAUAAAUUCACAUUGUGCAAUGAGUUGUAUUAUUUGGAUUUGGAGGAUUUUGAACUCAUCGAAGUUUUCCAUCAAGGAGUUGAGUAUAAUCCGGAGUUGGAAUCAGAAGCAACGAAUAUUCUAGUUAUGAUGGAGGAUGGAAAAUUGGUUGCAAUCUGUCGAGAUGAGCAAGGAAGAAUUCUGAAGGAGCUGUGCCACCAAUUCAUAAUUCUUCCACCUGCCCAAGUCAGAACUUUGCUCUUCAUGCGGGCCAAUGCGAUUCAAAAUCAAAAAGUUCAGACGAAUUCUGAAUCGUCAGCAGAGAAUCUUCCAGAAGACGUCUUGAAUUCAAAAGUUCAAAAAGAAGUUCCAGAAGCUUCUCCAGUUGUCAGAACCUCAGAAGACGUCGUGGAAGCUCAUCCGGAAGCCUCUAAAGCUCCUGAAGCUCCUGAAGCCGUCAGAAGCGUCUCCGUCCAAUCAGAGCUCGAAGUUUUGACUCAUGAAAAUCCAGAAGUGUCUUCAGAAGCUUCUGAGCCCAUCGUCACGUCUUCUGAAAAUCUCGAACCUUGCAAUUUGGGACCAUCCACGUCAGCUGGAGUCGUGGAACCUUCUCUAGAGCUCACAAAAGAAGAGAAAGAGAAUUUGAAGAAAAAGAAGAAAAAUCAAAAGCGCAAAAAUAAGAAUAAGGCAAAAAGAGCAUUGAUUGGACUCGUUUCCGCUGAGCAAUCGGCAAAGACUGAUCUGGAAAUUCUGCAAUUGAAGCUGAAAGUUGGAAUUAUUCGAAAAGAAGCUUAUGAUGCUGAAGCGGAGCCGAUUCUACAGUUUUUGGAUGACGUGAAGAAUGGAAAAACCGAAAUUCGAAAAUAUUGUUUCCCCAAAAAAUCGAAUUUUGAUUUUCCAAAAUUCCAGAAUCGCUAA